GCAAAAGAACCGACCUUCCAAUCAUACACUACAGAAUCAGCUUUGUUUUAUCUUUCGGCUUUGAUCGGGAAGCAUCUGACGUUCCCACGCGCUCUCCCUCUCAGAAUAUGCCUUGCAUCGAGAGAGCUUUGUGAUUGUUCUCUCUUUAAGCAGAUUUUUCGUGUGAAAGAAGAAUUGUUGGGAAGGUGAAUUUCGCGUGUUCUGCUCUAUCUGUUAAGGUUAAAAACAAUGGCGGUUAACGACCAAACGGAGGUGUUGUUGAAGAAGCAUUACUAUGAGAACUGCCCCGGCUGCAAAGUCGACAAGCUUAAGGAAUCACAGAGAGGCUUGCCGAUCCGCGAGCUUGUAUCUAUCUGGAUCGUUGUGCUCAGCACCGCACUGCCAAUAUCAUCUCUAUUCCCAUUCCUUUACUUCAUGAUUAGAGAUUUUCAUAUCGCCAAAAGAGAGGAAGACAUUGGGUAUUAUGCCGGUUACGUAGGUUCUUCAUUAAUGUUCGGUAGAGUCUUGACGUCACUAUUCUGGGGAAUUGUCGCCGAUCGCUAUGGGCGAAAACCCGUUAUAGUUAUAGGAAUAAUUACAGUGGUUAUCUUCAACACUCUAUUCGGCCUAAGUGUGAACUUUUGGAUGGCCAUUGCGACAAGGUUCCUUCUAGGAAGUUUAAAUGGUUUACUCGGACCGAUAAGGGCUUAUGCGACCGAACUAUUCCGUGAGGAGUACCAAGCGCUAGGAAUAACGACGGUUAGUACGGCAUGGGGGAUAGGAUUGAUUAUCGGUCCAGCUCUGGGAGGUUAUCUUGCACAGCCCGCGGAAAAGUUCCCGUCAAUAUUUUCCAAAGAAUCGGUGUUCGGAAGAUUUCCCUACUUCUUGCCCUGUCUGGCCAUCUCAAUUUUUGCGUUGGUAGUUUCUAUUGCGUCCUUCUGGCUUCCGGAAACAUUGCAUAUGCACCAUGGAAGUAGCGAGCUUGAUGAGUCUUGCAAAGAUAUGGAGACCGCAUCCCUGGAGUCCCCCACAAAAAACAAGAGGCAUAAAUUCGAAGGGAAAGCUCCGAAAAAGUGUCUGAUUCGAAAUUGGCCCUUGAUGUCGUCCAUCAUUCUGUACUGCGUCUUCUCCUUUCAUGACAUGGCUUACACGGAGAUCUUCUCUCUAUGGGCCGUAAGCCCUAGGCGAUUAGGUGGUUUAAGCUACACAACUGAAGAUGUUGGAACUGUUCUUUCUAUCUCAGGUGCUGGCCUUAUUGUCUUCCAAACCUGUUUAUUCCCACACUUGACCAGACUUCUUGGCCCUGUUGUGGUAGCUCGCAUUGGUGGGGUCUUAUCGAUACCCCUCUUGUCAAGCUACCCAUUUAUUGCCAUGCUUACUGGGCUAAGUCUCUCCACAGCAUUGAAUUGUGCAUCAAUCGCAAAGAAUGUUAUGUCUGUUUCCAUUGUCACCAGCUUGUUCAUUCUUCAAAACAAAGCCGUGGACCAAGAUCAGAGAGGAGCUGCUAAUGGAAUAGCGAUGACUGCCAUGUCUCUUUUCAAGGCAUUUGGUCCAGCUGGAGGAGGCACAAUAUUCUCUUGGGCACAGAAGCGUCAGGACGCAGCCUUCCUCCCAGGUAAACCGACUUUUUCCAAUCUCCGAUCAUGGCUCUUGCCUUCUUUGUAUAACCAUGACCAGCUAAUCUGUUUUCAUCUGCUAAAAGAAAUGAAGAAGGUGACAUGAUGUGUGUAUGAGAAAUAAGUCUAUGCAGCCAUGAUAGACCGCGCUUGAGCUCUCAGCUGACUAUGGAACUGUAAUGACCGGAUGCCAAUGCGCAGGCAACCAUAUGGUCUUCUUCAUCUUGAACGUGGUUGGGGCCAUUGGGGUGCUGAUGACGUUCAAGCCGUUCCUAGUGGAACACCGCAACUAAAAGAAAACACGAUCGAACCCGCAUAAAUUCUAAUCGUAAUCUUGCUAAAACUCAGAGCAGAGCUUGCAAAAAAUCAGUUGCCAUUUGAUUCUUUCACAAGGUGGAGUAGCAUUUGCCUGACACGAAGCCGACCAGACCUGUUCAGCCAAGAGUCGCCAUCCUAGUUGAAUUAGCAAUUUGGCACCUAUGUACUAAUAUUUUUUAUCCUCUUACUGUAAUACCAAAAAGAAAUAUAAUGUAUUGCUAUGUAUCAUGUGAUUUUCUGCAGAA